AUGGUGCACAAGCUUGUCUUAUGUGCUUACGUCACGGUAAAAAUUGCAAUGGUCUACUCUCGGCCUCAAGAUAUGUUUUACUCUGAUUCAAAUACCAUGGUGAUUGGCAAUCUAAAAAAGAGGGAGGUGAUACCACUGAAUCCGUACUUCAGUCCGUAUAGAAGGAGGUAUGGUCAAGAUCCACAGAACGAGUUGAACUAUAGAAGGACCAAAGACAUACGAGAGGAAUUUGUCGACCGAAGGUUCGAGUUAACGGAAUCGCAGAUAAGAGAGGCAAAACUAGAUAAUAAAGAAAACUUGGAGAAACUGCACAACGAACUAAGAUGGCUGGCCAUCGAUGACGAUGAAGGAAUCGAUCAACAGCAAAACAUGUUGCUUAUCGAACCGCGAUAAUUUAAG